AUGUCGGCCUUUUUUGAUAUUGCCGAAGAUGAGAUCCAGGGGUUAGAAGACAUGGUUGCCAUCAUUACUGGAGGCUCAUCAGGAAUUGGAUUCGCCACCUCCGAGCUCUUCAGCUCGAAGGGGUCGGUCGUGAUUCAAGCUGACCUGAACCCGCCGCCGAGAACGCUUCCACGGUCACACUACGUGAAGACGGAUGUGACCUCCUGGAAAGACCUCACAUCCCUCUUCCUCAAAGUCAUUGACGACCACGGCAAAGUCGACGUUGUAUUUGCAAAUGCCGGAGUUGCACCAAGAGCCAAUUACCUGCAGCUGGCCUCGGAGGAUAAUGGUGACCUGAUUGAGCCUACAACGUUGUGUCUGGAUAUCAAUCUAGUUGCAGUGGCCAACACUGUUGCGUUGGCUCUUCACUAUAUGCAAAAACAAGAGAGUGGAGGAAGUGUGAUCAUGACUACAUCGGUCGCCGGCCGAUGCCUAGCUGGACUCUCGAGCCCCGAAGCAGAGGAGAUUCUGAUCCGGUAUGCAGCUGGAUCGAAGCAUGGCGUUGUGGGCAUUCUUCGAGGCGUUCGCGAACACUUAUAUCCCAAUGUUCCUAUCCGCAUCAAUGCGGUUGCUCCUAGCUGGACUGCUACACCAAUCAUCCUUCUGCCCCACGCCGCUUUCGAAAAGGUGGGCCUCAGUGUCCAACCGCCAUCAAAAGUAGCGCUGGCCGUCGGCCUCCUUGUUGCAGACCCGACUCGCCACGCUCAAACCAUCUACUGCGUCAAUGGUCGUUAUAAGGAGCUUGAGGAAGAAGUCAUGGCCGCCACUGCCAUCGCGAUGGGGUUUGAGACUGUAGAGAAGACCGAAGCUGGGAAAUUUCAGGAUUUGAUCAAGGAAGCUCAGGCAGGGAUAAUCCCGCACUGUUAG